CGAGACGCGUGAGAAAAAAAAUAGGUAUAUUUGGGUUUGCGAUAAAAAAGCAGUGGGAUGCGCAUGGGUAUAUUAUACCUUUGAUAAAAUAACCCCUCAAUCCAGGCCGACGCGUCGAAUUAUUGUAUGGGAGGAAUGGCCUGAGGUCCCUGGGAGACCCCAUUUCCUUCUGCGCGUGAUUUCAGGGCCAAAUCUCAGCUUAGAGGGUUGAAAUAUCACGAUAAAGAUGGAAAUCGACUCUGUGGAGACUCCACCCACAGGUUCCAAGAGGAAAGCGGAUGAUGUUCCGUUGGAUGCCUCGCCUCCUCGAAGGAUCAAGGCACUCAAUCCCGAUGUGGUGAAUAAAAUCGCAGCUGGUGAAAUUAUCGUAGCUCCGGUCCAUGCUUUGAAGGAGUUGAUAGAGAACUCGGUCGAUGCUGGGUCAACGGCGCUCGAUGUCAUUGUCAAAGAUGGCGGUCUGAAGCUCCUGCAGAUCACAGACAAUGGCCAUGGCAUAGAUAAAGAAGAUUUGUCUAUCCUGUGCGAAAGGUUUACAACCUCGAAACUGAAAUCCUUCGAGGACCUGACUUCAAUUGGCACCUAUGGCUUCAGAGGCGAAGCUCUUGCCAGUAUUAGUUACAUUGCCCAUCUAACCGUCACUACGAGGACGAAGGAUUCAAACUGUGCGUAUCGAGCAAGCUACGCAAGCUGCAAGCUAUCUCCUCCCAAGCCUGGGCAGUCGGCGGAACCAAAGCCUGUGGCUGGUCGACAAGGUACGCAGAUUACUGUGGAAGACCUGUUCUACAAUAUUCCGACGCGGCGGAGGGCCUUCCGGUCUGCUUCUGAGGAGUACAAUAAAAUUCUGGAUAUGGUAGGUAGAUAUGCCGUCCAUUGUUCUGGUGUUUCAUUCAGCUGCAAGAAACAUGGUGAAUCAAGUACCUCCUUGUCCGUUUCACAAAACGCAUCCACGACAGAGCGCAUACGCCAAAUACACGGCAGUGCUGUUGCGAACGAGUUGGUCGAGUUCAGCUCUGCGGAGAGCCGUUUUGGAUUUGUGGCAAAUGGAUGGACUACAAAUGCCAAUUAUCACGUCAAGAAGACUACCCUUCUUCUUUUCAUUAACCACCGUUGCGUCGAGUCUUCAAAUAUCCGGAAGGCUAUCGAGCAAACAUACUCGACAUUUUUACCCAAAGGAGGCCACCCGUUUACAUACCUGAGCCUGGAAAUCGAUCCUCAACGUGUGGAUGUCAAUGUGCAUCCCACCAAAAGGGAAGUUAACUUCCUCAACGAGGAUGAGAUUAUUGAGCAGAUAUGCAUCGAUAUCCGCGUCAAGUUGGCGAAUAUCGAUACAAGCCGGACAUUCAUGACACAGAGCCUUCUGCCUGGAGCGCGAGCACCCAGCGGGACUGCGGGCGGAGAGAACCCAAGCACGCCGGUUCCAAAAUCAACACAGAAACUCUACGAGAAUAAUCUUGUGCGGACUGAUGCGAAGCUCAGAAAGAUCACAACCAUGCUCACACCAGGUUCUGGAGGGGCAGAGGCAGCAAACCUUCCCCAAGGGGCGCAGUUAUCUAGCAACGAGAUGGAGUAUGAACACUCUGACCGUGAACCGGUAACCUGCCGCUUGGUCACCAUCAAGGAACUACGGGCAACUGUUCGGGAUGAAAUGCACAAUAACUUAACAGAGAUGUUUGCCAGCCAUACUUUCGUCGGCAUCGUCGAUGAGAGGCGGCGCUUGGCAGCUAUGCAGUCUGGAGUUAAAUUAUUCCUGGUUGACUAUGGCAUGGUGUCGUCCGAAUACUUCUAUCAACUUGGGUUGACAGAUUUCGGGAACUUCGGUGCCAUUCGGUUUGAAGCUCCGCCGAAAAUCCAAGACCUGCUCAGGAUUGCGGCGGCCCAUGAGAAAGAGAGGAUGCAACCUGCCUGCGAGGAAGACGAAUUCGAUAUCGAAGAGGUAGUAGAGGUUGUUAGCGCACAGCUUAUUGAGAGGAGAGAAAUGCUGCUCGAGUACUUCACGAUCGAGAUUUCUCCAGAAGGAGAUCUGAUCAGCAUACCGUUACUGAUGAAAGGAUAUACCCCCAGUCUUGCGAAACUGCCACGCUUCUUGAUGCGUUUAGGGCCACAUGUUAACUGGACGGACGAGAAAAUGUGUUUUGACACGUUUCUGCGUGAGCUAGCAGAUUUCUAUGUUCCAGAACAGCUCCCUCCAAGCCAAGGAGAAGGGAGUGAAGAGGACAUUGAUGAGGAAAUCAAGCAGCGGAGGAAUGUGGUCAGAAAAGCUGUGGAGGAGAAGCUGUUCCCAGCGUUCUCUGGGAGAUUGAUUGCUACCAAGGCGCUGAUGAAGGGGGCGGUGCUGGAAGUCGCAAAUCUUAAGGGGCUUUACCGCGUAUUUGAGCGUUGCUGAAUCGAUAUGAGCGUAAUAGACGCUUCGUCUUUGGUUGUGGGGUGUGACGAAUUGCAUGAUAUAGGCUUGGAGGAUGGCACAAUAUUGCACGGGAAUAUAGACUCAUGUCAAAGAUAAUGCAUAGAGCUAUAAAGUCAGGCACACGGUUCGCUACCUAAUUGACCAGCUUCAUCCAUCGCGUGCUCGCUGCAGAAUCAAAGGGAAACGCGCCUGCUAUCAUCCUCGUUGUCCUGGGGUGUCCAGCCGAUGCUUUCCUUUCUCUCUCUCUGUUGGCGUGCGAUGACCUCCUCUCCCAGCUCUUCUUGUCGCUCCUGCUUGCUCGUGAACACCUUUCCAGGAAGCAUGUGGUG